CGAACCGAUAUUAGGCCGAAAUCACAUAUAUUUACAAGAUGGCUGCGCCCAUGUGGAGACGAUUUGGCGUUCAGUUGUCAUAUAAAAGUUCUAAUUAUUCGUUGGCUCCAACUUGGUGUAGGAUUUCAUACUUUAUACAGAAAUGUCAGAUAUCCUCAGCAGCACCAGACCAGUCAAACAGUAUAGCUAACAGUGAUGGAGAUAGCUUUGAUGACAUCAUGGAUGAAAAGACUAUUGAAAAAACACCAAAGGCACACUAUGAAAACUUGAGGAGAAAUCCUGAUCAGCCUUUAAAUGCCAGAGUUCUAAAACUUGCCGUUAUUGGUAUACCUAAUGCAGGGAAAUCUACCCUUGUCAACAGGCUUAUGGGAUGGAAAGUAUCAUCUGUGUCCAGUAAAGUUCACACCACAAGGAGAAACACCAAUGCAGUUUUAACAGAAGACAAUACACAGAUAAUCUUUGUAGACACACCUGGUUUAAUGACAGCAUCAAAAAUGAAAAAACACAACACAGAGAAAGAGAUGGUGUAUGGACCUGAACUUGGAGUACAAUCAGCUGAUUUGAUUGCAGUCAUUGUUGAUUCAGCUGACAAAUGGACCAGAGAUGCAUUAGAUCAGAAAGUUUUAAAAGUUUUACAGUUACACAAAGAUACACCGUCAAUACUUGUUUUGAAUAAAGUAGAUGCAAUGAAAAAGAAAGUUAUGUUGAUUCCAAUAACAAGACAGUUAACAAGAGGAGUAGUAGGGGGAACAAAUAUUCAAAUAACGGGAUCACAACUGAAAAGGGAAAGGCAACAAGAAUUCGAUGCUAAAAACUUUUUCCAAAAAAUACAAGACAAAGUCGUUGCGUCUGAUGGAAACCUUGACAUAUCUGCUUAUCUUGAAGAUAAAAAGAAAGUUGUCAAACAAGAAGAGGAAGCUUUCCCAUGGGAAAGUUCUGGAUACAAAACACAAGUUAUUUCACUCCAACAGAGGAAGAAGGAGGCAUCUGAAAACCAAACAGAUAUAGCUGAAAACCAAAAAGACACUUCUGAAAACAUUCAAAAUUCUACAGACAGUAAACCAACAUCUGACAUGUUUCAAAUAAAUCAAGAUACUGAUAAUACAAAAGUUGUCACCACUCAAAAUAAUAAAGUUAAAGAAUUAGUUUCAGACAAUAGAACAGCAAAGCCUGAAAAAAAUAAAGACAAAAACCAGCAUCUUUAUACAGAAUAUAUUAAGCGAAUUGAAAGUGUUGCUAAAGAAGUAAGGGAUGUUGAGGGAUGGCCAUAUUUCAGUAGAGUGUUUAUGAUUUCUGCAUUGGAGAAUGAUGGGGUGGAAGAGUUAAAGGAUUAUCUGGUAAAACAAGCCAAAACUGGUGAUUGGAUGUACCACAGCAGUGUACUGGUGGACCAGAAUCCAUUUGAUAUUGCAAAACAAAUUGUAUGGGAAAAAUUGUUGGAGUAUUUGCCAAAAAAUAUGCCCUAUCAGUUACACCCUGAAAUAGUAUUAUGGGAAGUUGAUGAAAGUGGUACACUGUCUAUUAUAAUGGACAUAGAAACUCCCAAGGUGGCUGAAGUUCGUCUGCUACUGGGGAAAGAAGGAGUUAACAUCAGGAAUAUAUCACAAGAAGCAAAACAAGGACUACUAAAUACUUUUAGAUGUGAACUUAAUUUAAGACUGCAAAUUAAACUAGCAAAAACUGCCAGGAAGUAAACAGAGACACUUUACACAUUAAAAUAUGAAAUUAAUCUGAGACUGCAAAUUAAACUCACAAAAACUGCAAGGAUAACUUAAUGUAUCAGUACAAUAUAGACUGCAAAUAGAAUUUUCAAAGCAACUGGGAAGUGAAUUAGAACAAUGGAUACUUAAUGCAUUUAGUUAUAAACUUAACUUCGCAAUGCUAAUUAAACUUGCAGAAACAGCUAGAAAGAAAAUACAAGGAUAACUUAAUGUGUCAAUACAUGCAAUAUGUGACCUUCAUCUUGACUGCAAAUAAAAUGGCCAAAACAGCCAAGAAGUAAAACCAGGAAUACUUUAUGCAUUUAGGUGGAAACUUAAUAUAAAACUGCAAAUAAAAUUAUCAAAACAACCAGAAAGUGUAACAAGGAUUAUGUAAUUCAUUUACAUGUGAACUUAAUCUCAGGCUACAGCCAGA